AUGAAGGUGAAGGAAGAGGUUGAUUACGAAAUUCUUUACAAGAAGAUGGAGCGUGAGGUCGACCAACUCACGUCAGAGAUGGAGAGACAACAAAAGGUUAUAAGAAGUGAAAAAAUGCAGAUGGACAAAAGGUUGAAAGAAUCUGAGAGGUCAUUCCAUGAUUUAAGAAUGACCUCUAACAUGCAAAUUGAGGUCACUGAGCUUGAGAAAUUGCUCAACGAAAACAAGCAGCAACAGCUUGAGAACCUCUCAAAAACGAAAUUUCUUACCGAUACAACUAAAGAGCAUGAGAAGGAAAUGGGAGAAUUACUAAGGAAACUUGAGGAAGAAAGGUGA